UUGCAUAAAUUUGUUUUAGAUGAGGAUGAGGAUGGGGACAGAAUCACAGUGCGGAGUGAUGAAGAGAUGCAGGCAAUGAUGUCAUAUUAUGUCAAUCAAAUCAGUGAAAUGCAGGCCAUUGGAGGUGAGGUGAUGCCACUUGUCAUCUAUCCCAGAGCUUGCAAGCCGGCUGGGAAAAGAAAUAUCCAUGGAUUAACUGUGAAGACUAAGGCAUUUGCUGCUGGUGACUCAGGUGGAAAGAGAAGCAUGUCUGGGACAGGGAGGAAGCAGUCUGGGGAUCUUAGACAAAUUCUUGCCAGUGGAGAGACAAACUCACAGUCGAGUGUGCUGAUAAAUGAAGAUGAUAUACAGUACCUGGCCAUUCUGGGACAUGGGAAUGGGGGAACAGUCUACAAGGCAAAUCACAAGUCCAGUAGCAAACUGAUGGCAGUGAAGGUGAUUCCUUUAGAUGUCACUCCAGAAGUACAGAAGCAAAUCAUGUCGGAGCUGGAAAUUUUGUACAGGUGCGACUCUCCGCACAUUAUAGGAUUUUAUGGAGCCUUCUUCACAGAGAACAGAAUUUCCAUAUGUACAGAGUUUAUGGAUGGUGGUUCUUUAGAGUUGUAUGGUGCUAUACCUGAACCUGUUUUAGGGAGAAUAGCUUUUUCUGUUGUCACGGGAUUAAAUUAUUUGUGGGGACUAAAGAUAAUGCACAGAGAUGUGAAGCCUUCAAAUAUCCUGGUAAACACAAAGGGUCAAGUGAAGCUUUGUGACUUUGGUGUCAGUGUACAGUUAGUGGACUCCAUAGCCAAGACGUAUGUCGGAACCAGUGCCUACAUGGCGCCUGAAAGAAUUCUAGGAGAUGAGUAUGGCAUCCACUCAGAUGUCUGGAGUCUAGGACUCUCUCUGUUAGAGAUGGCAUUAGGAAGAUUUCCAUACCCAAAGAUUCAGAAGAAUAAAUACUACGGUGAUGUAGUGCCAAUGGAAGUGUUCCAGUGUAUACUCACAGAGAAUCCUCUAGCUUUGUCUGCUGAAAACUUCUCCCCUCCAUUUGUUGACUUUGUUGGAAGAUGUAUGCAAAAGUCCCCAAAAGAGAGACCCUCCCCCAUGCAGCUGUUGCAACAUCCUUUCAUCCAAGCCAGCGGUGACGGCAGCGACAUGGAAGUGAUCGCGAUGUGGAUGGGACAGCGGCGGGCACAGAUAGACUUACUACAGCAGAACCCAGGGCUGUCCAGACCUUCCUCCACCGUUGCUCGCUCGCCGAGGCCUGCAGCCCCCUACGCUCAAACAGCUCCUGCAGGUUCGCCUUCCUUGUAUCGGCGCACCAGCACUUAAAGACCACUGUACCCCUGGGACUUCAUCUCACUCCCUAACCAGUGCUUUCCUUCUGGACCUGUCAUGCCUCAUCUCUUCCUUGUUAUGACGGAAACCAAUCAAAAAAAAAAAAUGAUUUCGUCCUCUUCUCAGCCAUUGAAUUUUUGCCAGCCCCUCAAGCGUGGAGGCUUGUUUUAGUCUGAAUUUGCUCUACAUGGUGAUCUUCAUUGACCAACAUUUGUAUUAUAUAAUUUCCUUUGACCAUGUCAAUAUUGGAAAUUAUGAAAGAGUAUGAUUGAUCUUUAUUGUUCUCUAUGAUGUCUCAUUAAUGACGGUAAGUUCUGAUUUAUUUUUCAUGACAUCUCUCAUUACCAUGAUCCUACUACAUUGCCAGCUUGCCACAACACAAGGCAAAACGCAGUCUUCUUCAGAACACCAUAACCCAACCCAUCUAAUAGAAAAAGGACAGACACCAUCAUUGGAAAAAAGAUCAGUAGUAGCAACAGUUUUGAUUUCAUGUGCGUUAGAUAAUAAAAAUCUCAUCAAGUUGGUGUAUAGGAACCAAUAGGAAACAACAACUAACAAAGAAACAAACAGUAGGGGAACCAAUCUGCAAUCAAAGAUAGAAAAUAACAAAUAUCCAAUAAAAGUGAUUAAAUCUUUGCAACUGGGUAGAAUAGUUAAUGUCAAUUUUGCUGAGAAAUUGUUGUUUUAUCAUGUUCACUCUUGAUUUGCAUCAUUGCCUGACUAUACUGUACAAGUUAUAGACAAAAAUGAAGUUUGGGAAGGGAAAAGGAAGACAAGUGGCAUAUCAUAACCCUACAUAUCAGGUGGGAGCUUACAUAUUUCUUAUUUCAUAGACCAUUUGGCAGACCCUAUUGCAUGCUGGGAGAUAAGGACACUAUGGGUAGCACAGAAGGUAAGCAAUAGCAUUAACAUGACAAUAUAGUCCAGAUUGGACACAGUACACAUGUAUACUGCUUACAUUUUGUCAUGGCAAUGUGGUGUUUACCCCCAGCAUUACUCAUAAUUCUUCCUGCCUCCCAGCAUAUUCUGAACAAUUUAAGAGCUUUUUCAGGUUUCCACAUUCAAUCUGUUUCCAAUGUAAUAAAAUCUCUUUCAUUCAGUAAAAUGAAACUUUCCAACUGUUUAUCCCCACCAUUUUGACUGGAAUAGCCUAAUUGGAACUUUUAAAAUACAAGUUACAGAAUUCUCUAUCAGAUACAUGUAGGCCUAAACGAACAUUCCUACUCUAACACUAAAUGCAAUUAUGGUGACUUUUAUUCCAGUGCUAUUAUUAAUCUAAUCCACUUUGUUUCACAGUUUAGGAGAGAUGUUUUUGCACAUACAUGUACCUUGGCACAAUAUUACAAGAAAGUGCAUUUCAGAGACCACUAUUACCAAGCCUUUGGGACUGAGGAAUAUUGAGGAAGUGAUUAUGAUACUCGUUAAUUAGAGACAAGUAUGUUUGAUUAAUUACUACUCAGGACCCCUUCAGCUGGUUAUAUGAUGUGCGGUGGUGGCACAGUGAAUCCGUAAGACAAUUAAAGCCCAAACAGAGCUCUAGUUUUUAAAGUAAAAUGGCAGUGCCGGCAGAUAGAGAGGGGGUAUUUUUGCAAGGAGUUGUCAGGGAAGUUACCUAAAUGUACUUGAGGUGCCCCAGGCAAGAAGUCCACAUUCAACUGAGGAAAUGAAUGUAGAAUCUUAAAGAAACAAGUAAAUAUAGUGGUCAGUCAAUACAUAUUUCUUCACUGCUUUUCACUAAUUCUGCACUAUUUCAGCUCAAUGUCAAUGAUUUGGGAAGAUUCUGAUUCUUGGCUUGGCUUAUGAAUUUCUAGCUCACUGCAUUCAUCAGGUGUAGGAGGCCAGAAUAUACCCUGGUAGCUUCGGUCCAGGAGUGUGCUCUAGCCUGCUAGACCAGUCUUUUCAUGUAUUGAAGACAGUGUUUGUAUCUUGAAGUGUUUAAGUAGACUUCUUGUCUGGAGUACCAUUUUUGCAUUCCCAGUGCCAUUGACAAGGGUACAGGCAGCUUGAGAUUAAUGCUCUAAAUUAUUUUCUCUCUAUGAGUUGACUAAAUGAGCACAAAAAUGGAAACUGCAAAAUGUGAAAGAUAGGACUGGUACUUGUGCUAUGUAAUCUAAAUCGCUACUAUUAGUAACUAAAUAGCAUUGAUGGUGUACUUAUAAGUGACCUGAUAUUACGGUAGUGUUGGACCUAAUACAUGUACUACAGAUCAUAACAUAGACAACACUAGACUGCAAUUAUUCUUACACUGUAUGUAAAUGUGAGCUGUUGUGUAAUCAUACAAUAUUUUAAAGAUAAACAACAAACAUAAGAUUCUAAUAUGUGACCUUGGGGAUCUACUAUAUUGUAGUUGAUUUGUAAAAUACUUUAUGAUUCACUUUGUGUGGCUUCAAGAGAUUGAUUUCAGGCUGCCUUACACUUGUUGCUGAUAAUAGUGUAAGCUAAGUAGGAUAGAGAAUGACUCAAUAAAUGUAUAAAUUCUCCACUGUGUUUGGUCAAAAGGUAUUGAAAAAAAUGUUUUCCUAUACCAUUGCCUCUGUGAGGGCGGAAAUUACUUUGCUUGAUGUGCUGGAAUAUAGCAGCAUGGCACGUAUGGUAGCUAGAUGCUGUAUGGUAAUAAAUUAUUGCUUCUCAAGUCAUUCUAUUGUCAAUUUGUCAUGUUGUCUCUUCUCCAAUAAUAUUGACUUUUGUGUAUAGCAAAACAGAAGGCACCAUAUGAGUGUCUUCUGUGUGUACACUUGUGAGCGCAGAAUUCAUGACACUGAAUAAUUCUGAAACAUCC